AUGGACGUGGUCGUGGACGUGGACGUGGACGUGGACAUGGACAUGGACAUGGACGUGGACAUGGACGUGGACGUCGACAUGGACGUGGACGUGGACGUGGACGUGGACGUGGACAUAGACGUGGACGUGGACGUGGACGUGGUCGUGGACGUGGACGUGGACGUGGACGUGGACGGGGACGUGGACGUGGACGUGGACGUGGACCAGGACGUGGACAUGGACGUGGACGCGGACAUGGACGUGGACAUGGACGUGGACGUGGACUUGGACGUGGACGUGGACGUGGUCGUGGACGUGGUCGUGGACGUGGACGUGGACAUGGACGUGGACGUGGACGUGGACGUGGACGUGGACGUGGACAUGGACGUGGACGUGGACAUGGACGUGGACAUGGACAAAGACGUGGACGUGGACGUGGACGUGGACGUGGACGUGGACGUGGACAUGGACGUGGACGUGGACGUGGACGUGGACGUGGACAUGGACGUAGACGUGGACGUGAACGUGGACGUGGACAUGGACGUAGACGUGAACGUGGACGUGGACAUGGACGUGGACGUGGACGUGGACCUGGACGUGGACGUGGACGUGGUCGUGGACGUGGACGUGGACUACGUGGACGUGGACAUGGUCGUGGACGUGGAGGUGGACGUGGACCUGGACGUGGACGUGGACGUGGACGUUGACGUGGAGGUGGACCUGGACGUGGACGUGGACGUGGACCUGUACGUUGACGUGGACGUGGACUUGGACGUGGACGUAGACGUGGACGUGGACGUGGACGUGGACGUGGACAUGGAGGUGGACAUGGACGUGGAGGUGGACGUGGACGUGGACGUGGACGUGGACGUGGACGUGGACAUAGACGUGGACGUGGACGUGGAGGUGGACAUGGACGUGGACAUGGACGUGGACAUGGACGUGGACGUGGACAUGGACAUGGACAUGAACAUGGACGUGGACAUGGACGUGGACGUGGACAUGAACGUGGACGUGGACAUGGACGUCGACAUAGACGUGGACGUGGCCAUGGACGUGGACGUGGACAUGGACAUAGACGUGGACGUGGACUUGCACAUAGACAUGGACGUGGACGUGGACGUGGACGUGGACGUGGACAUGGACGUGGACGUGGACGUGGACGUGGACAUGGACGUGGACGUGGACGUGGAGGACUUGGACGUGGACAUGGACGUGGACGUGGACGUUGACGUGGACGAAGACAUGGUCGUGGACGUGGACGUGGACGUGGACAUGGACGUGGACGUGGACGUGGACGUGGACGUGGACAUGGACGUGGACGUAGACGUGGACCUGGACGUGGACGUGGACGUGGACGUGGUCGUGGACGUGGACGUGGACGUGGACAUGGUCGUGGACGUGGACAUGGACGUGGAGGACAUGGACGUGGACAUGGACGUGGACAUGGACGUGGACAUGGACGUGGACAUGGACGUGGACGUGGACGUGGAGGACUUGGACGUGGACAUGGACGUGAACGUGGACGUGGACGUGGACGAAGACGUGGUCGUGGACGUGGACGUGGACGUGGACGUGGACGUGGAGGUGGACGUGGACGUGGACGUGGACGUGGACGUGGACGUGGACGUGGACGUGGACUGGACGUGGACGUGGACGUGGACGUGGACGUGGACCUGGUCGUGGACGUGGACAGUGGACGUGGACCUGGUCGUGGACGUGGACGUGGACGUGGACAUGGACGUGGACGUGGACGUGGACGUGGACGUGGUCGUGGACGUGGACGUGGACGUGGACGUGGACCUGGACGUGGACGUGGACACUUGGUCGUGGACGUGGACGUGGACGUGGACGUGGACGUGGAGGUGGACGUGGACGUGGACGUGGACGUGGACAUGGACGUGGACGUGGACGUGGACGUGGACGUGGACGUGGACUGGACGUGGACGUGGACGUGGACGUGGACCUGGUCGUGGACGUGGACGUGGACGUGGACCUGGUCGUGGACGUGGACGUGGACGUGGACAUGGACGUGGACGUGGACGUGGACGUGGUCGUGGACGUGGACGUGGACGUGGACCUGGACGUGGACGUGGACGUGGCAUGGACGUGGACGUGGACGUGGACGUGGACGUGGACGUGGACAUGGACAUGGACGUGGACGUGGACGUAGACAUGGACAUGGACGUGGACGUGGACGUGGACGUGGACAUGGACGUGGACCUGGACGUGGAGGUGGACGUGGACGUGGACGUGGAGGUGGACAUGCACGUGGAGGUGGACGUGGACGUGGACAUGGACGUGGACGUGGACGUGGACGUGGACGUGGACAUGGACAAGGACGUGGACGUGGACGUAGACAUGGACAUGGACGUGGACAUGGACGUGGACCUGGACGUGGACGUGGACGUGGACGUGGACAUGGACGUGGACGUGGACAUGGACGUGGACAUGGACGUGGACGUGGACGUGGACAUGGACGUGGACAUGGACGUGGACAUGGACGUGGACAUGGACGUGGACGUGGACAUGGACGUGGACAUGGACGUGGACGUGGACGUGGACAUGGACGUGGACGUGGACGUGGACGUGGAUAUGGACGUGAACAUGGACGUGGACGUGGACAUGGACGUGGACGUGGACGUGGACGUGGACGUGGACGUGGACAUGGACGUGGACGUGGACGUGGACGUGGACGUGGACGUGGACGUAGACAUGGACGUGGACGUGGACGUGGACGUGGAGAACUUGGACGUGGACAUGGACGUGGACGUGGACGUGGACGUGGACGUGGAGAACUUGGACGUGGACAUGGACGUGAACGUGGACGUGGACGUGGACGUGGACGUGGAGGACUUGGACGUGGACAUGGACGUGGGCGUGGACGUGGACAUGGACGUGGACGUGGACAUGGACGAGGACGUGGACGAGGACGUGGACAUGGACGUCGACGUGGACAUGGACGUGGACGUAGACAUGGACGUGGACGUGGACGUGGACGUGGACGUGGACAUGGAGGUGGACGUGGACGUGGACGUGGAGGUGGACAUGGACGUGGAGGUGGACGUGGACGUGGACGUGGACGUGGACCUGGACGUGGACGUGGACGUGGACGUGGACGUUGACGUGGAGGUGGACGUGGAGGUGGACAUGGACGUCGACGUGGACGUGGACGUGGACAUGGACGUGGACAUGGACGUGGACGUGGACGUGGACGUGGACGUGGACGUGGACAUGGACGUGGACGUGGACGUGGACGUGGACGUCGACGUCGACGUGGACGUGGACGUGGACAUGGACAUGGACGUGGACGUGGACGUGGACAUGGACGUGGUCGUGGACGUGGACAGGGACGUGGACGUUGGUAUGCAAGACGUGGACGUGGACAUGGACGUGGACGUGGACAUGGUCGUGGACAUGGACGUGGACGUGGACGUGGACGUGGCGAUGGACAUGGACGUGGACGUGAACGUGGACGUGGACGUGGACAAGGACGUGGACAUGGACGUGGACGUGGACGUGGACGUGGACGUGGACAUGGACGUGGAGGUGGACGUGACGUGGACGUGGACGUGGACGUGGACGUGA